UGGGAUGUUGGGGAUUACAUGGUGGUGCUCAUAAUUUGCGCAAUGGGGCCCCAGACUCCUUCCUCAAUAACCCACCAAGUUUCUGAAUUUUGUUCUAGAUACUGCUUAGUGCCCACUACACAGAAGGUACACCUCUGAGAGGGGAUUAAAGGAAAAUACAUGAAAAAUGGGUUCAUAAUGUCAUGUAUGUUGUUCUUUUUCCUGCUGAGGAGGGUUAGUUUAGUAAAUUGCUAAGUGAGAAAUUAUUUUGUGUCGUAUUAACGUGGUCUCUCCAUUUGCACUUUGAUCAUGGAGUUUAAGAUAUAAUAUUCUGCCUGGUCUUGAAAUUUCGGUAAGACUAGUUAGCAUUUGCUUAGCCAUGGUUUCCAAAACCCACUCCCAACUCAUUAUUGUAUUUCUGUUUCUUCUUUCUUCCCUAAACAUUACUUCCACCUCGUACACACAUGAUGCAGUCAAUUUUGACAAGUGGGUAUCUCGAAAUGUGAAAAAGUACGAGGAGAGAAAGAGCAUUUUGAAAACCAAAGUGAAGGUGGCUGCUCCUGGUCCAGAUUUGAAGCUGAGGGACGCUGAGAGUAACAAAGCUAUCAUAACAGUAAGACAAGACGGUUCUGGUGAUUUCAAAACCAUUUCAGAAGCUCUCAAUAGCAUUCCACCACGUAACACUAGGAGAGUUAUAGUGUCCAUUUCUCCGGGUGUUUAUAGAGAGAAGGUGAUGAUCCCAAGAACAAAGGCUUUUGUUACAUUGUCAGGGAACGCAGGGAAUCCUCCAACCAUUACUGGAAAUGAUACAGCAUCUGCCUCCGGAAGAAAUGGCACUCCCUUAGGGACGUUCCAGAGUGCAACUGUUGCUGUGGAUGCUAGCUACUUUGUGGCCAUCAACAUCAAAUUUGAGAACAGUGCUCCACAUGAGAUUGGAAGGAGAGGAGAACAAGGCGUGGCGCUUAGGAUCUCAGGAACCAAAGCUGCUUUUUACAAUUGCAGUUUCAGUGGAGCUCAAGAUACUCUCUAUGAUCAUAAAGGCCUUCAUUUCUUCAACAACUGCUAUAUUCAAGGUUCUGUCGAUUUCAUCUUCGGUUCUGCUAGGUCUCUUUACCAGAAUUGCUAUCUAAAUUCCACAACUACGAAGGUGGCUUCCAUCACUGCUCAAAAGCGUUCAAAUUCGUCAUUGGAGAGUGGAUUCUCCUUCAAAAACUGCACAGUAACCGGUAGUGGACAUGUUUAUCUAGGAAGAGCAUGGGGCGAUUAUUCCAGAGUUGUUUUCUCUUACACCUACAUGGACAACCUAGUACUCCCCAAAGGAUGGAGUGAUUGGGGUGACCAAAACCGUGAUUCGAGGGUAUAUUAUGGAGAAUACAUGUGUAGUGGACCAGGAGCUAACUUGGCAGGAAGAGUGCCAUGGGCACGAAUGCUUACCGAUGAAGAGGCCAAGCCAUUUAUUGGGACCCAAUUCAUUGAAGGGGACACUUGGCUCAUUAACACGAGCUGAAAAUGAAAGAACAUGCAGACUUUAAAAUUAUCUUGUGAAAUUAAUAGGCGUUUGAGUUCAUUAUAAUUAAUAUCCUUUUUCCGAAUAUUCACAAUUGCGAAUAGUGGUUUGUUUUCAUUGAUUGAAAAUAUUAGCACUACAUUACCACCAAGUCUUGUUUCAUAAAUGUGUUCCUUAAAUGGGAAUAUAAAUAAAAGAAGUACACUAUUUAAAACUGUUGUGAUGGGAAGAGAAAUGAUGUGAGCACAAUGAACACACGCAUGCGCAGGCUAAACCAGCUUUAUACUUAUCAAAGUACGGAAAAAGAAAGACAUAAAAUUUCAUCUUCAAGCUUCUGAGUUAUGGAAUGACAGCAUCAUGAAGCAGGAAUACCCAAAAAAACACAAACAUGAUGGAGCAGGAUAAGACAGGGAACAGAAUUUUAAGGCCAAAUACAACACCCAGCUAAUUUCCAGGGUCUGGUCUCCUCCUUGUGACCAUUGAAGAAAUUCCAGAAGUUUUCUAGGUUAUCUAAGCCACUGGAUGGUUUCUCUGCUUUCUUUUCCUUAAUAAUGGAUGUCAACUCUUUUGUUUC